UUUUGAAUGCGCUUCCGGAAAAGCCCGGGAAAUUGAAAUACUCUAUUUCUAUGGAUGUGUAGUUCCUGCCGCGGACCUCGGUUACUGCAUAUUACAUAUUAUUGUGCAAACAACUUACUAAUAUGACCUAGUCGCUCCAUUAUUCUCUACUAUCUCGGAAAAUAUGGAAAUUCCGUACGGAAAAAUUGCAAUUUACGUGUUGACCUUCAUUGGAUACAUUUACUCUGGAUAUGGAUCAAGCAUUUUAUCAAAUUUAAGGGAUGCAGUCAUCUCUGCCGAAUAUACAUUCAAUGGCCUAUUCGCAACCGUUACAAAUGUAGCCAAGAAAUUUCAGACGUUCACUGAUGUGUUCGACUCGGCUGUGGAAGAAGAUUGUAUUUUCAAGUGUCCCAAUGCAGCUACACCUAAACCUAACCGACACCAUCAACCUCAAGCUAAUGGAUGUGGAUCUUUAGGGUUGUCUAUACCUGCAGAAUAUCUCCCAAUUAGUGAAAUGACGAAAUGCUGUAAUACUCAUGACAUAUGCUAUAGCACUUGCAACAAACAGAAAGAAUUGUGCGAUUUAGAAUUUAAACGAUGUCUUUAUAGAUACUGUGAUGGAUAUACACAUACUAUUGGUGGAAUUUCUACUGAGAAAGCUUGUAAAGGGGCUGCUAAAAUGUUGUAUACUGGAACUCUGACUUUUGGUUGCAAGCCUUAUUUAGACUCUCAGAAAGAGGCUUGCUAUUGUCCCCCAUCAUACGGUUGGAAGGAUGAUAAAAGACGCAAGUAUGAAAGGGGUUCAGAUUUGUGAAGCAUAAGGUAUUUGUUAUUAUUUUCUUUGAAAUAUAUUUUUAAUUAAG